UGGCGGGAACGGGAAAAGCGGCUACAAUUCUUUCGAAGACCCGAUCGGCUCGCGGUUGCUCAGGCAACGUCUUUCCUCGGCCUUCUCGACUAGAAUCCGCUGCAGCAACACCAGCAGCUACUGCUGCCACCGCCGCCAUCACUGACUAGAAGAGGCUGCCGAGGCCACGCCCUGGCUGCGCGGCGGUUUGACUUCGCUGCAGGGCUUCAUGCCAAGGGCGGGGCUGAGGUUCAGCCAUGCGAGUCUGUGGAAGAAAAAUAAAAGGCCUGGUUUCAGGAGAUUAUGUCCGAAGAGUCAAUUAAGAGCAAGCAGCACACAGAACAAAUAACCAGUGAUGAUUACAAUUCGGAUGAGGAUCCCUUUAACCCAUUUCUAACAGAAGAUUUUGAGCAGUGCGCAUUUUUCACAGAUUCUUUUUGUGAUCAGCUUUUGCCACGGACCACACAGAUUUUAUUGGAAUAUAACUCCGGAAAAUGGGUGCCACGGCUUCGUGAACCACGAGAUUUAUAUGGAUUGUCUCCUACAGCUGGACACCUUCACCUAGUACGCUGGCCCCAUCAGUAUGAAGUUAUCCGAGAAAGAAUUGAGCAUAUUGAGUGGAUUCCCCCACAACCAGAACCACUAUACAGUCCAACAGGUCUGGAGAUUGAACCACUCUGCCCAGACCCUGGAGAAGGUGCUGUGGUAUAUCUAGCAGAUGGAGCUGAUAAAGAUUCCAGCUUUAUGUAUUCUCGAAUAGGGGGUACCUUCCCCUCGAAGCAGGUGCUUCCUCAAUCCUGGGAUGACUGGGACAAUACUUUGAUCUUUGAAGCACGAUUUGAAAGUGGAAAUUUGCAGAAGGUGGUCAAAAUUAAUGAUUUUGAUUACCAGCUGACAUUACGCACUGAUCUCUACACAAAUAAGCACACCCAGUGGUACUACUUCCAGGUCACCAACACCCAAGCAGGAAUGCCCUACCGUUUCACCAUUGUCAACUUCACCAAGCCAACAAGUUUGUACAAUCGUGGUAUGCGUCCACUACUGUAUUCAGAAGCAGAAGCGAAGAUCCACAAGGUGGGGUGGCAAAGGACAGGAGAUGAAAUCAAGUAUUAUAAAAACAAUCUCAGCCGAGAUGGGCGCCAGUAUUUUUCCCUAACAUGGACAUUUCAGUUCCCACAUGACAGAGACACUUGCUAUUUCGCUCACUGCUAUCCUUACACUUACAGCAACUUGCAAGACUACCUGUCAGCCAUUGCUAGAGACCCAAGACGGUCCAAAUUCUGCAAGAUCCGCAUCUUGUGCCAUUCCCUGGCUAGGAACAUAGUCUAUGUUUUAACCAUCACCAACCCCUUGCAAGAUUUUAAGGAGGAAAAACACAAGUCAGCAGUGAUUUUGACUGCCAGGGUGCACCCAGGUGAAACUAAUAGUUCUUGGAUGAUGAAGGGUUUUCUGGAUUACAUUCUGGGGGAUUCAAAUAAUGCCCAGUUGCUUCGGGACACUUUUGUUUUUAAGAUAAUACCAAUGCUGAAUCCAGAUGGUGUGAUUGUUGGCAAUUACCGCUGCUCUUUAGCAGGCAGGGACUUGAAUCGUAAUUACAAAUCGGAUCUCAAGGAAUCAUUCCCUGCUGUCUGGUAUACACGCACCAUGAUCAAAAGAAUGAUGGAAGAACGUAAUGUUCUCCUGUAUUGUGACCUUCAUGGUCACAGCAGGAAAGAGAAUGUCUUCAUGUAUGGCUGUGAAAAGAGGGAUCAGCAAGAAGAAGGGGCAGGCUUGCAUCAGCGCAUUUUUCCUUUCAUUAUGAGCAAAAAUUGUCCAGAAAAAUUCUCAUUUCCAGACUGCAGUUUCAAGAUACAGAAAGGCAAAGAAGGAACAGGUCGAGUAGUGAUGUGGAAGAUGGGCAUCAGCAACAGCUAUACCUUGGAAGUUACUUUCUGUGGGUCUAAACUGGGCAAUAGACAUGGCACCCACUUUAGUACUAAGGAUCUGGAAUCCAUAGGAUACCAUUUCUGUGAUUCACUGUUGGACUUCUGUAAUAAAAAGAAGAGUAAGUAUAAUGAAUGCCUGAAGGAAUUGGAGGAAAUGGUGAAACAGGAUGAUCCAUCUGCCUCUGUUAAUGACACAGUAGAAAAAGAUUCCAGUUCUGAUAGCUCAGAUUCCAAUGAGCCUGCAGUUAAACUAGAAACCCAGGCAAAACCAAGAAAGAAGUAUCUGAAGACAAAAAAGGAAAGGAGUUCCUUUCUGGAAUCAUCAGGAAGAAGAUUUCCUAAACAUUCCUACGAACCAAUGAGUGAAGCCAAAAAAACAGAAGAAUCUUCUCACAGAAUUUCCAAGAGCCAGGAACAAAUACUAAAAAACACUCGGGUUUUUCAGAAAUUAAAACUGAUGGAGCUGCAAAACAUGCAAAGAGAAAAGUACGAAAUUACCAAGCAGAAUAUAGAGCCCUUGCCCAGAUCCCCCAAUGCUAAAAAGGGAUGCUCUGAGCACUUCUGGGAAUGUGUUAAAGAGGAAAACAAAGAAUGUGAGAGGCUAUCAUAUAGAGGUUCUAUCUACACCAACUCCUUCUUCCAGUCAAGUCUGAAAGGAAGCAGGAGAAGGCAUUAUGAGUCAAAAACUUUAGCAGGGUUUCAUGAACUCUUCAAGGAAACUGCCUCCAUUGUAAAAGGUAAACCACAUGAUAUGUUGUUCACUUCCCAAGCAGAUUCUAUGCCAGAUGAACCAGCUAGAUAUACAGUUCGGUAUCUCAGUCAUUAUUUUCCUGAACAAGGAUUAAAUAUUGGCUGGGACCUAGCCCAGCCUUUGAAGCACAUCAUCUCCCAGAGACUUUUUUUGCCUCCUGCCAUCCUUGAACAAACGUGCAACACAUCAAGAAGAAAUGGUGCACUCUCUGGUUGUCGACUUCCUAGGGUGGAAAAUAUGAGGAGAGAAACAAAGAUUCAGAGAAGAACCUCUCUCAUACAUGUGGAGAGUCACCCUAGCUCUUUGGUUCUAUCUCAGGCAACUGGAGAAAAUAACCCUGGAAAGGGUUAUGUCACGUUGGAGUUGGGAGAAAAAGAAAUGCAAAAUAUGGCCCUGGCUCAAGGAACAAAUUUUUAUUCUCCAGGCAGCAAAGCUGCAACUUGGCGAUUAGAGAAGUAUCAAAAUGGAAGAACCAUUAGUUGCAAGGAGAAGACAUCACAGAUGAAAGGAAUCCUUGACAACUUAAGCAGCAAUUUAGAUGAUAGGGAAAAGAAAAGAAAGGAACAGUCACCAUCAAGAAAUGUUAAACCUGACAUAAACAGUGGAGGAAGCCAUGAAGAAAGUUUUAGACUAAGUGGGUCUUCUCAUACGCAAGAUUUUCUACAGCUCUCCUUACCUUUGGUGUCAGAAGGAAAAUACAGGCAAUCUACUGAAAAAUAUGAGAGGAAUGAACAACAUCCUAAGUCCUUAGGUCAAUACCGACCCCGCCUGGGUACACUAAUGACUACAAAAGGGACCAACAAGACAAUUUUUCUGAAACACUAUGAAGAUGGUGAAGCAUCCACUUCUACAUCACUGCUACACAAUAGGCUAAAAAUGCCAGUGCAAAACUUACUGUGCCAAAGUGAGAGCAAGGUUUUUUCAAAGAGACGCAAAAGUGAGUGCCUAAAUCACAGGCCUUCAGUGCAAGACCUUUCAACCACAACCGAGAGGAUUUCCUUUCAUGCUUAGAAACGGAUGCUAUUUCUUUUGAGGCAGCUUAAUAAGCCAAUGCAUACUGCUGCAAAGGCUCUAUCCAGAUGGACAACCAAUGAUGGUAUCUUAAGAGAUUAUUGCUUCAGCCUUUGGAUGUGAUGCUGGGAGAAUGCAGAAAAGUAUUUUCAUUAUAGAGCAGUUGUGCUUUGCAGAGGCUUGGAACACAGGAUACAAAUAUACCAGAACAUCACCCACAAGGGCUUCUGUGACUGCGACAGAUAAAAAGAAAAUUAAAAUACAAAUCAGUUUAUUUAUGUUUAUUGCUGGCAAACCUCACAGGGAAGCAAGAGUAAUAAUUUCACUUCUGAAUUUCAUCUUGCUUCAAAACAAAAUGAUUAAUUGAAAAAGAAGGGAUUGGGAUUGCAUUUCUGAGUACUAAAUCUUACUAGACAAAUUGAAAAAUCAUACUGGGGAUCAUCAUCCAAUUUGGUCUUAAAUCUCAAAAGAGAAACAACUGAUCUCCAGGAAAGAAAGGCUUUUCCAAAGUGAGCUAGAAUUGAAAUUAAAAUGGAGGUUCCAGAUAAGGAUUGUAUUGUCAAGCAGUGCUCUUCCCAGUGCCCAAGAUCUGCCUAUAAUAUUUACUCACAAAUAAGACCCAUUUAGCAAAGAUUCCAGCAAUGUUAAUUAAAA